AAAGAACUCCCGCCCCUCCCCUAGUCUAACUCCAGGAUCGUGGAUCUGCCCUCCCCGCUCUCCCGAAGCUCUUCGGGCAGUGUCCGCAGCGCCUCGGAGGGUGCUACAAUCCGGCGUCCGCCUCUUCACCCUCAAUAUCACCCGGCCUGACGCACGCGUGCUGACCGGGGAGGGGAGGUGGGGAAAGCUUUUCCCGCACACAGCUCGCAGUCCAGGCACCCGGGACGAAAUGCCCGGCCAGGGUCCGAUGUCCGACUGGACGGAGUGCAGCUCUUCCACAGAGCCGCCUACGGUGGCCAGGACCGAGGGCGGCGGCGGCGGAUCAGCUGGACAAUCUUAUUACCAGAAUUCCAGAGGUACUGAUGGAAUCAAAGAUGGACACAAAGUGAACUCACACAUAGCCAAGCUGCAAGAGUUACGGAAAACUCCUCAAAUUCAAACAAUUCACAUCCCUAGAUCAAUGACAGAUACGUCCUUUCUAAAGCAUCCAGACUUCACCACAGGCCAGAAGCGUUAUCUGUGCAGCAUUGCUAAGAUCUACAACGCAAACUAUCUGAGGACAUUAAUGAAGAGGCAGUAUAUGCACAUGGUCGAGCGCAGCUCUCCAAAGCCAGGUGUCCUCACUCAUCACAGGAGCCACCUCAGUUCUCGUUACUUCCAGAAGCACCAUCACCCCUGCACUACAUGGAGACACCAACAGGAGAGAGACGACUCAGGGCUUUCUAAGGUCAUGGCUGCUGCUGUCCCUGAAAUGAUUAUACAGCGUUCCCUUUGGCGACCAGUGAGAAACAAAGAAGGUUUAAAACCUGGAUAUGUGUCUAAAACACGAUGUAAGUCGCUGAAGAUUUUUAGAAAACCAGGCAGAGUGUUCAUGCAAUCAGUUUCUACAAAUGAUUCUGAAUCAUACAUGAAUGAAGAAAAAAAGGAAGAAGACUUACUAAAUAAGUGUAUGCAAUCAAUGUCAAUUGAAGAACGGGGAGAGGAACACCUAAUGUUAACUUGACAGUCUUGUCUUGUGUAUUGAUGAGGUGCCAAAGGUCAGGGGAGAGGGUUGUGAAUGUGUCCUCUCUCCACAUUUAGGAGAGUAUUGUUAGUCACCAUCAAGUCAUUAAGUAAUUUUGGUUUGUUUAGAAACUUUUACAACAAUGUAAUUGGUUUGAUGUAGUUCCAUGUACCAAUGAUAAUUGUGUAAUACAGUCUGUGUGUAACAUAUGCUUUUAUUUCUAGCUAGAUAAAAUUAAAACUUUCUUGUCACUUAAAACUGAAUUAUCUUUCUUUAAAUCUGACAAACACUUUGUAUACUUCUUUCUCUGUUAAGAGUAAGUCCUAAAACAGCAAUAUUAGAAUAUCCAACAAUUAUUUUCUUGAUUGGGCUUAGGAAAACUCUGAAAUAUCCUACUACAGAAUAGCAUUUGAUAGAGAUAACACCCUAGCUUGCAAAGAAGGUGCUUAAUAAAUAUUUGCUGCUUGAAAAUACAACUUAAGAAUGGAAAUACCAAUUUUCCCCCAUUAUGAAAAUGGCCACAUGAACAUCUGGCCUCUCAAACUAGAUUAAGUUGGGAGUAGUUGUACUAAUGAGAGGAUUCUUUACAUUAUAUAUUCCCUCUAGGGU